AUGGCUUCCUUCUUUGCAAAGCAACUUCUGCAGCAUCCAGACGACGAUAGCGUCAAGAAUGUCUUCCUCCAGGCGGAUGGCAAGACCACUGCUGCAGAGGGCGAAGAUCGCCACGUCCUCAUAUACUGGGAAAACGGCACCGGCACGCAUGCCUCCAACAAGCACAUUCAGAUUCUGCAACUCUCUGGCGGCCCCGGCAACUACGCUUUCUACCCAGACAUGUUAAUCUCACAGUCGGAGGCGGAACGCGCUCGCAAUACCUACUACGAACUCGGACAGUAUACUCGCGCCCAACGAGACAAAAUCAAGAGGCUCGCUGGGGAUGUCGUGUACCUGAAGAGCUCUCGCAUCAAUAGCUGCCGCACCUGGACAAGGGAUCUCUUCGAACUUAUGGUCGCGGCAAACUUGAUCACGCAAGAGCAGUUCGAUUUGAUGGACGCGGACGUGCCUUUGAGGAAGCGCCUACCCGAGCGUGCUGUAUAG